CCAAAAAAAUAAAGAAGUUAAUCUUUUUUUUCAAUUUAGGGGAUGGGACUUGAAGAACAAAAACCGAUAGCCCUAAUAUAAAAUUUUAAGACCACAACUGACGGUUGAUGCUGUGACUUCUUUGGAAAACAUCUUGUUUGUGCACUCCGAUGUACCAGCAAACUGUUUAGGGUGUACCCCACCUUUGCCUUACUGUGUUGGUGGGUGGGCUCCAGCAUCCCCCUGUCCCUACUCAGGAAUAUGUGAUAACUUUGUUUAAGCAUUUCUCCAGUCAAAAUUCCUCUGAGCUUACCAGUCCAUAUGUCCCCAAAUAGGAUGCUUUGAUUAGGGACAACAGGAUGUUCCUUUGUAACUACCAGGCAAGGUGCACAGAAGAAAAGAGAUGUAAGUCAAACGGAGCACGCAGAGGGGAAGGAGUGGUUGCUGGUCGACACAGCUGGUUCCUGACAGAGGAAGCCCACAUGGAGGCCCAGGUCCUACUCACUGCUGUCAUCUGCUGCUAUCAACUGAGACAGAAUUGCUCCCUGGUCUCCCCAGAGGCUGAAGCCCUGCAGCACCAGAGAAAAAAAAACCUACACACAUAAACUGUAACAUCCAAGCACCAAAUACACACUUCUCUUUUGAGCCGCAGAGGCAGGCAGGGCAGGAGGAGGGUUCAGCUGCGAGCACAACCCCUCAGACACGGCCACAAGACAAGCUGACCUGCUGCUGACACUCACUCAUACGUGCUGCUGACUGUCUCGGUCAUACUUUAGAAAAGAGAGAGGACGGAAACAUCAACCAAACAAGUGUGGAAAAAAGAAAAAUCCAGGAUUUCCAAGGAAUAACACAGCUGAGACCUGCAACAACCUGGAAAUAGGAAUUUUUCUGUCUCUCCUCAUUUUUUGAGACACAACAUCAACUUAUUCCUUCUGGCAGGUCAAUAGCUCAAAUAACCAUCUCCUGGAGCAUCAGAAACUAUUUAUAGUAUAACAUUAUGGAAAAAAAUCAGGUGGACACUCUUGAAAUUUGUUGAAAGAGAACAAGCAGAGAGAAAACGUCCCACAAAUUUGGGCCAAAGGUGAGACUUAAGUAAGUUUUGUGUUCACAUCAAUUGACUACUUGUUCAAAAGUCUCCAGAAAGGCCAGACAUGUCUGCUGAGGUCCAUUUGGAACACCACAAAAGGGCUGACCUGACAGCCGGGUCAUCCUAUGCCCCAUUGCUUGCUGCGCGUGUUCCCACGGUCACGCUGAUCAGCCACCGGGAGCUAAGGGAGAAACCAGCUCCUCACAGAGUCCAGCCAAGGAGCCUGGAUCUUCAGCUGACAGCCAGCAGCCACUACAGAUGCAGUGAAGGUAGCAGAGUGCAGAAGGCUGGAACAAUGCCAGAUUCACCUGCGGAUGUGAAAACCCAGCCCAGGUCCACCCCACCCACCAUGCCGCCUCCACCCCCGGCUGUAAGCCAAGCAACAAGUCGCAAUGCCUCUUUCACUCCGACCACCAGUAAAUCAAUGCUGAACGGAAGCAGCCACUCGCCGACGUCGCUGAAUGGUGCUCCAUCCACCCCUAACGGCUUCAGUAAUGGGCCAGCCAUGUCUUCAACGGCAUCGCUCUCCAACCAGCAGCUCCCGCCAGCUUGUGGAGCUCGACAGCUUUGUAAACUGAAGCGCUUCCUGACGACAUUGCAGCAGUUUGGCAACGACAUAUCACCUGAGAUUGGAGAAAGAGUGCGCAGCCUCGUGUUAGGACUGGUGAACUCCACCCUCACCAUUGAGGAGUUUCAUUCCAAACUUCAUGAGGCCACCAACUUCCCCCUGAGGCCUUUCGUCAUUCCUUUUCUAAAGGCAAACCUGCCCCUGCUGCAGAGAGAAUUGCUCCACUGUGCAAGGUUGGCCAAACAGACUCCAGCUCAGUAUCUGGCUCAACACGAACAGCUCCUCCUUGACGCCAACGCCAGCUCACCCCUCGACUCAUCCGAGAUCAUGCUGGAGAUGAACGAGCACGGCAAGAGAAGGACUCCUGACAGGACCAAAGAUAGCUCAGAGAGGGAUGGACUGCACCCCGAGCACCUGGCUAAGAGACCCUGCACCAUCAGCCCCAGCCAUCGUUUCAGCCCCAGCACCGGUCUCCCCGCUCACCCGCCCCCUAACGGUCUCCCCACACACCCUCCCAAUGGCCUACCCCACCCACCCAACCCCCAGGUGGGACCCCAGCACUAUCGCUUGGAGGACAUGGCUCUGGCUCACCAGUACAGAGACGCUUACAGACAUACAGAUCACCGCGACAGUCGAGACAGGCACCGACCGACAGCAGUACACGGAGCCCGUCAAGAAGAGGUGAUCGACCACCGUCUUACAGACCGGGAGUGGGCAGAAGAAUGGAAACACCUUGAUAACCUCCUCAACUGCAUCAUGGACAUGGUAGAAAAGACACGGCGUUCCCUGACGGUGCUACGGCGCUGCCAGGAGGCAGACAGAGAGGAGAUGAAUCACUGGAUUCGCCGCUACAGCGACGUGGAGGAGAUGAAAAAAGGUGCGAGCAACGGACAACAAUGCCUUCCACCUCCUUCUACUCUUCCUCCUCCUACUCCUCACCACAACUCCUCCUCCAACACAGCUAGCAGCAGCGAAUCACUGCCUAUAGGAACUUCCUCGGCUGCUGAAAGGCAGACAGGCAGACAGACAGAGUCCCACAGAGACUUCUUACACAGGCCUCCCUCAGGAUAUCUUCCUGAAGAAAUCUGGAGGAAAGCUGGUACUACAAGCAUCCCACUAUCCCCAGCUCUAAAGCACCUCCAUACCAAGCAGGAGGAGGCAGUAAAUGAAGUGAAGCGACAGGCCAUGUCAGAGCUGCAGAAGGCUGUGUCAGACGCUGAGAGGAAGGCUCAUGAGAUGAUUUCUGCUGAGCGCUCCAAAAUGGAGAGGGCGCUAGCCGAAGCCAAGAGGCAAGCCUCUGAGGAUGCCCUGACCGUCAUCAAUCAGCAGGAAGACUCAAGUGAAUCUCACCAGAGCUGCUGGAACUGCGGGAGGAAGGCCAGCGAGACAUGCAGUGGCUGCAACACAGCUCGCUACUGCGGCUCCUUUUGCCAACACAAAGACUGGGAAAAGCACCACCACGUCUGUGGUCAAGGCCUACAGGGACUGCCAGGGGGCAGUGCUGUGCCUCUGGGAACCCCAUCCUCUUCCGCCUCUGCCUCAUCAGCAUCCUCCAGUGCCCCUCCAACACACUCUGAGAGCACUCCUCCAGGGCCCUUGUCCCUGGCAGGCCAGAGCAGUAUCGCAGGAGGGACUGGCAGUGGCAGUGGCAGUGUCUCUGCCAGCCCCAAGGAGAGCAGCUCCAGCAGUGUCUCUCGAUCUACAACUCCAGCUACCCCUGCCCUACUGGAUGCCACCUCUCGCUGACACCUGAUUCUACUCCAUCCAAAACCAAACUGAGGAAUCUUCCUCACACGCUGCUCCCUCUCCUCCCCCCUUACUGCAGUUUCUUUUGAUUUCACUCGUAACUAAAAUUGUUUGGAAAAAGUUCUGAGAGUACACUGGUUUUCCCACCUUAAGUGUUUCAGCCUGUUUUACAGUUACAGCCACAGAUAAAAACAGUCCAGUCAGGAGUUUAACAUAGUUUAAAGCAUGAGGAAUGCAGUGAACAUGCCCGGUAGCUACAUAAGGACACCAGGUUAGGGCUCCCAUAAGUCCAUGCAUUGAUUUAGGAUUGUUUGGUAGCAUAGCACUUGAACAGGAUUUCCCUUUAAUUUAGCAUCAAUGAAGGAAGACCAGCCCUGGAAUGUGCACAAGCAGUCCAGGCAUUUCACUGCUGUAGCAUUUGUUCAGUUUCUCGAUGCAGAUAGGCAGGGAGCACGGAUGGUUUUUGAGGUAAGGGGGGGAGAAUUUGUCAUGUGAUUUAUUCCUCAGAAACACAGCUUAGUACUUACUAAAGGUUUCUUUCUGGCUUUAAAGGGAAAAACAAAGAAAAGUCCAAAUAUUCUGAAUAAAGACCAGUAGUGAUGUUGAUGAAGAAAAAUUUAAACUGCUAACUACCUUGCUAGCGAGCCAAGAAAAAUCUACACCGGACUCACCUCUCUGCACCAUUAUGAACCCAAAUGAAUUCAAAGAUGAAAAGUAACGUGAUCCAAACCCUUAUAUUACACUGCCAAAGUGAGUAAACAAGCGAUAAAGAGAAGCACUCAUAACCAAACACAAAGCAACAUCACCUCUUCAGCAGAUACGCCGGCCCUGAGAGCACCAGGCUGCAGAGGAGCAGCAGAGCAAGACCCAGAGUCUGACGAUUUAAAAAUCACAACUGUGAUCCGCUUUGAGCUGCAGCUGCCUUCCGCUGCCCGCAGGAAACUACACUGACUCCUCAGCGAUGGUCUAGAUUAGUAAAUAUGAACAAUGCUGUGAAUCUGCAAGAAAAACUUCACAAAAAAUGACAGAACCUUGCCACAAUGUGGUACUUUUGUGAACAGAGAGGACACAAGGAGAAGAAGCAAAUCGACUCCACUUCAAAGGAAGGAACUAACAAAUACACGGCAACUGAACUGCCAAAAUCUUCAACACAAGCUGGAAACCCUUGAUUGCGUAUCAUUAAGAAGACACAUGGGAAGGGGUGUUUGUGGGAGAUUUUUUUUUAAAGGGGAAUUUUAAAGGAAUUGUUCUUACCUUUACAUUCACUCCUUCCUUUUCCAAAGCCCAAUGAACAGCUUAAAGAGCCUAGUCGAGGAUAGCGUGAACCUUGUCCUCUCUUUCUACCUCCCCUUACCUGACACCUCUGUUCUUCACUCUUUCCCAACUCCAGUCUGCACCAACCGCAGCCGACCUUGGACAGAGCCACAAAGCAGUCUCAAGAGGAGGUUUAAACCUGCUUGUAGAUAUUGUUCCUUUUUUUGUUUUUUCAAUAAUGUCUCUUGUAUCUGAUGUCCACAUGUACUGGCCUAGUGUAUAUCCUAUAAGACGGACUUUAUUUUGGGUCUGUUCUCUUUAAUUGUCCUCCUUUAGGUUUGGGCUGAGCAGUGAAAACAGAGCAAAGACGCUUACAUUUGUGAAAGGAAGCCCUGCAUUGUACUUCGUUUGACUUCCUGUAUCUAUAUUGACGAGAUGAAACCCCUCUUGUAGAAUAUUUUGUAUUGCUCGCAUUGUAAGACAGUGAGAGGACGGAGGUGCAAUAUGAAGAAAAUUCAGCUACUGAAUGGAACCUCAGCAACUGCCCGUAGGGUGUCAUAUAAUAUAGAUACAUAUAGAUAUAUUUAAAGUAACAUCGGUAACUUAAUGUGAAUGUACAUAGUAUUUUAAAAAAGGUCCAAAAAUGUGUUUGCCAAAUAACAAAAACCUUUAAUGUCCAGACGUCCUCAAACGUACGUUUUCUAAAUUUUUUCACUCAUGAAAGUUAAGCACAUUCUCAAUUCAUUUAGUGUCAUUUAAUUCAGAGUGAAGGAGACUAUUAGAGCUCAACAGCUCCAUUCUGCAGUUCUUUAUUUUAGUCUACCACUGACAGCAAGUUCUAAUAUAGUCAUUAGUAAAACAGGGUUAAAAAUUGUGCCUCAGUUUUAAAUCCAUUUAAUUGAAACUUUAAUUCAUUCACAUCAAAUUUAAAACACACAAACUUGGCCAGUUUUUUUCAAGGACUUUUUCAGAUCACGCUCCAUAUUAGUGACCAUUGUGAUCCUGUCUCUUAAUUCCCAUCAGUCUGUGUGUUUGGUUAUCUUCUCCCUAUGGUGCAGGGCAAGCCAUUACUGUAGAAUGAAGGGAUGUUCCAGUGUUAAGCUAACAGCAAAAGCUGAUAUUUUUCCACCCACUCUCUAGAAAGACUCUUUUUUCCCCCCACUUAUUUCUAAAGAUUACUUUUUAUUAUAAGAUUCAGAUCUAGGACAAAACGUUAUUUCCGAAAAAGCAGAACCCCAUUUGCUGUUUUCCCUUUUUUUUCUCCAUAAGAUUUCUCCAUAUGCUUCACCAACAUCAUAUUACUGUUAUACGCAUGGCUGGUCUCAUUAGCACUUGGAAAAAAAUGAAACAGAACAAACAAAAGCUUUAUAAAAAACAAAUGUGGGUUUCUUUUUUUCUGGACUGUCAAGAGUCCUCUAAUUCAGCUAAGCUAAGAAAGGUAAGAAAAACUGUAAGGUACCCCUGCAUCUGUGUGUAGUAUCUAUGUGUAUGUGUUAUAGUUACCUUAUUAUAGUGUUGACCUCAGCCUUUUAUGGGCUCCGUCCCCACUAGUAUCUAAUUUUCCUUCACUACGGCUGCAGACCACCCCUCAGCACCCUCUCCCACCUUGGCACUCGCUACCUCCUGUGAGCAUACAGCUAACCCCCAGGAGAUGCUUACCUGGACACUGAAAAGCUGGGCUGAGAGCAGACAAGGACACACACUAAGACUCAUGAAUCCUCGAAAGAAAUUGUCAUUAUUUAUGUUCACAUCUUAAUACUAAGAUAACUAGCUAAACAGAUAAUGCUGGAAUGUAUUCUUAAGCACACAAGAGUCCUACCAAAUUUACUGAACGCAGCCUCAGCUACAGCAUGCCAUUUGUUGUCUGAAACCAAUAAAAGCACAGACCAAAGUACUCCUAACUCACCAUUGUGGACUACAAAAUGGUGUGUAAAACUGCAAGUAAUAAGGUUAGAGCUCUGCUACACCAGUUAACCAAAGUUUCUGACGUCCACACUCUGACGAGUCCGGGCGUAGAGAGCAUGCUCAGUGGACCCAUUGAGUUUCACCUGUGUAGAAUUCUUACUUAAGCAAUUAAAGUGCUUGUUGACUACAUUAUGAGUGCUUCUGUGUACAAAACAGAAGUGUCUCCUUUUUAAAAAGCCUGCUUACAGCAUGUUCUUACAGUAACAAAGCCUCGCAGAGAUACAAUGAAUGCACUGUGAGUGUGUGCUCGUGUGUGGGUGGAGUAUUUUUGUGUUUUUGUAAAAAAAUAAAAAUAAAAACUUUUUAUUUAUGUCUCAACAAAUUACUUGAAACCUUUGGAGCUUUAAUGAAAAAAAAUAAUCAUCCGGACAAUGGUGGCAUAUUGAUUCACAGCAUGUAGCAGAAGCUUUGUGCAGUAAAGCACCAUGUUUGUCAAUGGCACUGACAUCAAAACAACACUGCAAUGACAGUUCCAUUCAGCUGGAGUACUUUGUGUGUGUACCUCCUUGUCUGUGAGUAAGCCCUAAGAUAAACUAAACAAAGCCAAACCCAUUUGUACAUUUCUAAACGACCAAAAUGCAACCAAAAGAUGUUUUCCUCUUCUUUCGGUUUGUCUUCUGUUCGAGGUUUUAUGAUACAUCCCAGCAGUGCAGAUUUUUAAGUUGCUUGUUCUAGGCCACCGACCUACCAAAAGCUGGAGCUGCAGAGGAAAGAGCAAACUGUCCUAUAUUCAGAUGUUCCGUCUUGUAAUUGUUGGGUGGCAGGAUACAAAACGAUGGAUGAUCUGUUUUCAGUUUUUGCUGUGGUGUCAUUUUUUUUUUUUUUGAGAUAUUCUAGAUGGCAAACGCAUAAGGGCUCUGGUGUUGAAAGACUUUCGAAGGGUCUCCAAAACCUUUACAUCAACCGAUUUGUAUUUGAAAGUGUACUGGACAUGGGCAAAACACACAUUCAGAGAAGACAAAUAUUCACAGACAGACAUUUGUCUCUUUUUAAUUACCACUUGAUAAUGUUUGGAAGCUCAUCUGAUGCUAUGGGGUCACUUCUUUCCUGUUAAACAGGCUGCGAUGACGAGAAAACUCAGUAGGCAAGCAGUGGAUACAGCACUCGUUUUCCCAUAAGCCAUGCCUCAGGAUGGUCUUGUUUUUACCUUUAAACUAAAAGAUAAAAAAAAAGUUUAUGGUUUAAUAGGUGUAGGGGCAGAUUCUAUACUGUAUUGUGCAAUACAUUAUUACAGAAAUACAAUGUUUCAACAGGAAAGGUUGGCACUAUGAAAGUCUUUCCUAGUUUGUUUCAUGUCCCUCUUCCAACAGUCCUGUUGCUAUUUUUAGAUGAAGUAAACUGUGCCAGAAGAAUGAAAUUCUGAUUUGUAUUUAUUUCUUGCAUGCUUUUCUCCCUGUUGCUAAUACUGAUCUUUAACUGUUUGCUCUGUUGGAUGUGUGAAGCUGUAAAACAUUCUAAUUCAGGUUAUUGUCUGUGUUGAGCAAUGUAACUGUGUAAUUAAAACAUGAAAUGAUGUA